AUGGCUAAUAGCAAUCAUGAUAGUCAUCAUCGAUUAUAUAAUAUAUCAAUAAUAAAUUCUAACCAAUAUCAACAUGGAUCAUUAAAAAUUUUAAAAAAUGAAUUCUCUGAUUUAAUUAAAGAUCCACCUGAAGGAUUUAUUGUUGAACCAGAUCAAAAAGAUUUUUUUAUUUGGCAUGUUGGAAUAUUUGGUGCACCAGAUACACUUUUUUCUGGUGGUUAUUAUAAAGCUAUACUUAAAUUUCCUUAUGAUUAUCCUUAUCGACCACCAACAUUAAAAUUUCUUUCUGAUAUAUGGCAUCCAAAUGUUUAUCCUGAUGGAAAUAUAUGUAUAUCAAUUUUACAUGAACCAGGUGACGAUGAACGUAGUGGUGAAAAAGCUUGUGAACGAUGGAGUGUUGCACAAAAUGUUCGAUCUAUUCUAUUAAGUAUUAUAUCAAUGCUUAAUGAACCUAAUACAUCAUCACCAGCUAAUAUUGAUGCUAGUAUUGAAUAUCGAAAAUAUAAAGAAGAUCCAAUUAAUUAUCCAACAUAUAAAGAAAAACUCAAUCAUCUAAUUGAAAAAAGUAAAACAAUAGCGAAAUUAGAAGGCAUUGAAAUCCCUCAUACAAUAGAAGAAUAUACAAAACGAUUUGAUAAAAAAUUACCGAUAACAUCAAUUGAUGAUAUACAAAAUUAUAUAGUUGAUGAUGAUGAUGAUGAUGAUGAUGAUGAUGGACAGUCUGAAGAUAAUCAAUCAAAUGAUAAUUAUUCUCAAACUUCUCGUGAAAAUUCACGUAUAAAAUUAAUAACAAAUUCUGAAAUUAAAAUUGCUAUCAAAACAAUGACUAAACAUAAUAAUAAUAAUAGUAGUGGUGAUUAUGAUGAUCUUUUAUAUCGAAAAACCAAAGAAUUUAUUUAA